UCUCCUCUUGCUCACUCAGUCCAGGGACAAGAGUUCGCGCCGUCCUCUCUUUCAAAACAGAGCCCAGCAUGCUUUGCGUACCCACCGUACAAAAACAUGGCAGCGCUCAGCGCCCCUCCCUGAUCCCGGCAUGCACCGCGUAGUAUGCCAGGCCUUUCUGCUGGGCAGGAAGAUGGCGGCACCUGGCGCAGAGCCGCAGAUCUUGGUACAAUACUUGGUGUUACGAAAGGAUCUAUCGCAGGCUCCGUUUUCCUGGCCAGCAGGCGCACUGGUAGCGCAGGCUUGUCACGCAGCCACGGCGGCCUUGCACAUUCACCGGGACCACCCGCAUACGGUUGCUUAUCUCCAGGAGCUGGGGCGCAUGCGCAAGGUGGUCCUCGAGGCACCAGAUGAAACCACCCUAAAGGAGCUGGCUGAAACGCUGCAACAGAAGAACAUUGACCACAUGCUGUGGCUGGAGCAGCCAGAAAAUAUGCCCACUUGCAUUGCGCUCCGCCCUUACCCCAAGGAAGAAGUGAACCAGUAUUUGAAGAAGUUCCGAUUGUUCAAAUGACUGAUGUUAUCAGUUGCUUUGAUGUAUUUGAGUAUCAGCUGGAUCCAGAAACUACAUGCUAUCUAUCCCUGAGCAUCAUGUACUCCUUUCAGUGGCAACUCACUCUUCCCUCUAAAUUGUAACAGUUCCUUGAGGGUCAAACACAUAUUAAAGUGGUUAUUAAUAAGUACUUCCUCUUGGGCAGCUGGUUGGCUUGGUUGGAGUGCAGUGGCACCAGGGUCAUGGGUUCAAUUCCCACGUGGGUGUGGGAGAGUGGGGCUGUGCCCUCCACAACCAAAUUGAAAACGACUUGACUUGGAGCUGAUGGGUCCUGGUAAAACGGUUCCUCAAUAUCCCCAAUAAAAAUUUUUUUUUUUAAAGUACUUCUUAUUUUUCAUUAUUAGGAAGCUCAGAUGGGGAGAGUAGGUGAACAAUAUCAUCUAUUGGUCAUUGCUCAAAUAGAAGAUGGCUAGACUCCUGUACAGGGGUCAAGGAAACGCCCUUUCAUUUUUGUUCGGAAUAGUAGUGUUCUUCAUCACCCGGGUUUAAAACUUUGC